CACAACACCACUUCAUAUAUUUUUCCUUCCUUGGGAAAACCAAAACACUGUCUGAGUCUAACAACAUUUACAAAAAAAAAAAACCUCAUCACUCCACAAAUGUUGGAAGAAGACGCCACCACUGCCACAGCCACAGCCACGUGGGCGCGCAUCUGCGACACGUGCCGAUCCGCCGCAUGCACGGUGUUUUGCCGCGCCGACUCUGCGUACCUCUGCGCCGGCUGCGACGCGCGCAUCCACGCGGCGAACCGCGUGGCGUCGCGUCACGAGCGCGUGUGGGUGUGUGAGGCUUGCGAGCGUGCUCCGGCGGCGUUUCUGUGUAAGGCUGAUGCGGCUUCUCUGUGUUCUUCGUGUGAUGCUGACAUCCACUCCGCCAACCCUCUCGCCGGCCGCCACCACCGUGUUCCGAUCCUUCCGAUCUCUGGUCCUCCGGCGACCCUUUUGGGUGAUGGUGAAGAUGAAGGGUUUGUUGGUGAAAUGGAGGAAGAGGAUGAGGAUGAUGAGAAUGAAGCAGCUUCUUGGUUGUUGUUGAAUCCUGUGAAGAACAGCAACAACAAUAAUAACAACAACAACAACAACAAUAAUCAGCAGAGUAAUAUUGGGUUUUUGUUUAGUGGGGAAGUUGAUGAGUAUUUGGACCUUGUGGAUUGUAAUUCUUGUGGUGACAACCACUUUGCUACUACUACUGCAACUACUGCUACUGAUCAUUAUAAUCAGCAGCAACAUUAUGGUGUUGGUGUUCCUCAGAAGAGCUAUGGUGGUGAUAGUGUGGUUCCUGUUCAGCAGGCACAGCAUUUUCAGCUUGGGUUGGACUUUGAGCCCUCCAAAGCUGGGUUCAGUUACACUGGUUCUAUUAGUCAAAGUGUUUCAGUUUCAUCAAUGGAUGUUGGUGUUGUACCAGAAUCAACAAUCAGGGAUGUCUCAAUUGCCCAUUCAAGACCCCCCAAAGGAACAAUUGACCUUUUUUCUGGACCUCCCAUUCAGAUGCCUUCUCAUCUUACUCCAAUGGACAGAGAGGCCAGAGUCCUAAGGUAUAGGGAGAAAAAGAAGACAAGGAAAUUUGAGAAGACAAUCAGGUAUGCCUCAAGGAAGGCCUAUGCAGAGACUAGACCCCGUAUAAAAGGUCGAUUUGCCAAGAGAACUGAUGUAGAUGCUGAAGUGGAUCAGAUGUUCUCCACAACACUAAUCACAGAAGUUGGAUAUGGCAUUGUUCCUUCUUUCUGAGUAUGCUGUUGAACAAAAGGACUGAAGACAGAGAAGAAGGUUGAGAAACAUGAUCAAUAGAAAAUGGCAACCAAUUUAUGUGUUAUUACCAAGUUAUUCUACUGAUACUGUCUUUUUUUUUUCGUGUAAUCUAAUUACUCGCAAUUGCACUAAUCAGAUAUAUGCUUUAUUAAUUUGUUUUACUGUUUUGAAUGAGAUUGCUAUUUGUAAAUACAGUCCUUAUAUUAAGUUAUUAAAUUACA